CGCCCCCACCGAGGCGCGGAGGGGGCGGGGCCGCGAGGGGAGGAGGUGAGAGUGAGGCCGAGGGGUGGGGAGCCCGGGAAUUCCCUCCUCCUGAAGUAACGAGUCCCGGGCCGGCUCGGCCGUCGUCGCUGCCGCCCCGCGCCCCGCGCCGAGGAGGUGCAGGAGGGAGAGGGCCCCGCGGGCGUCGCCUCCGCCUCGCGCCCCCUCUCCACCGCCCCGAGCCGCCGCCGCCGCGACUCAUGCGAACGCCGGAGGGCAGAUUUGAUAAUGGGCUGCAUUAAAAGUAAAGAAAACAAAAGUCCAGCUAUUAAAUACAGAACUGAAAACACUCCAGAGUCUGUCAGUACAAGUGUCAGCCAUUAUGGAACAGAACACACGGCAGUGACACCAUCAUCUUCAGCAAAAGGAACUUCGGUUAAUUUUAGCAGUCUUUCUAUAACACCAUUUGGAGGAUCCUCAGGGGUAACUCCUUUUGGAGGAGCAUCUUCCUCAUUCUCAGUGGUGCCAAGUUCAUAUCCUACUGGUUUAACAGGUGGUGUUACUAUAUUUGUGGCCUUAUAUGAUUAUGAAGCUAGAACUACAGAAGAUCUUUCAUUUAAAAAGGGUGAAAGAUUUCAAAUAAUUAACAAUACGGAAGGAGACUGGUGGGAAGCAAGAUCAAUUGCUACAGGAAAGAAUGGUUACAUCCCUAGCAAUUAUGUAGCGCCUGCAGAUUCCAUUCAGGCAGAAGAAUGGUAUUUUGGCAAAAUGGGGAGAAAAGAUGCUGAAAGAUUACUUUUGAAUCCUGGCAAUCAACGAGGUAUAUUCUUAGUAAGAGAAAGUGAAACCACUAAAGGUGCUUAUUCCCUUUCUAUUCGUGAUUGGGAUGAAGUAAGGGGUGACAAUGUGAAACACUACAAAAUUAGGAAACUUGACAAUGGUGGCUACUAUAUCACAACCAGAGCACAAUUUGACACUCUGCAGAAAUUGGUGAAACACUAUACAGAACAUGCUGAUGGUUUAUGCCACAAGUUAACAACUGUGUGUCCAACUGUGAAACCCCAGACUCAAGGUCUAGCAAAGGAUGCUUGGGAAAUCCCUCGAGAAUCUUUGCGACUAGAGGUUAAAUUAGGACAAGGAUGUUUUGGUGAAGUAUGGAUGGGAACAUGGAAUGGAACCACAAAAGUAGCAAUCAAAACAUUAAAACCAGGUACAAUGAUGCCAGAAGCUUUUCUUCAAGAAGCUCAGAUAAUGAAAAAGUUAAGGCAUGAUAAACUUGUUCCACUAUAUGCUGUUGUUUCUGAAGAACCAAUUUAUAUUGUCACUGAAUUUAUGUCAAAAGGAAGUUUAUUAGAUUUCCUUAAGGAAGGAGAUGGAAAAUAUUUGAAGCUUCCACAACUGGUUGAUAUGGCUGCUCAGAUUGCCGAUGGUAUGGCAUAUAUUGAAAGAAUGAACUAUAUUCACCGAGAUCUUCGGGCUGCUAAUAUUCUUGUAGGAGAAAAUCUUGUGUGUAAAAUAGCAGAUUUUGGUUUAGCAAGGUUAAUUGAAGACAAUGAAUACACGGCAAGACAAGGUGCAAAAUUUCCAAUCAAAUGGACAGCUCCUGAAGCUGCACUUUAUGGUCGAUUUACAAUAAAGUCUGAUGUGUGGUCAUUUGGAAUUCUACAGACAGAAUUGGUAACUAAGGGGAGAGUGCCAUAUCCAGGUAUGGUAAACCGUGAAGUGCUGGAACAGGUAGAACGUGGAUACAGGAUGCCCUGCCCUCAGGGCUGUCCAGAAUCUCUCCAUGAAUUGAUGAAUCUUUGUUGGAAGAAAGACCCUGAUGAGAGACCAACAUUUGAAUAUAUCCAGUCCUUCUUGGAAGACUACUUCACUGCUACAGAGCCACAGUACCAGCCAGGAGAAAAUUUAUAAUCUGGAUUAUAAUCUGAAUUUAUAAUCCAAGUAGCCUAUUUUAUAUGCAUAAGUCUGCCAAAAUGUAAAGAACUUGUGUAGAGUUCCUCACUUAUGUACAGGAAUCAAAAGAAGAAAAUAUUCUUCACUCUGCAUGUUUCAUUGGUAAACUGGAAUUCCAGAUAUGGUUGCACAAAACCACUUUUUUUUUUUUUUUUUCCUAAGUGUUAAACUCUAAAGUACCAAUGAUGAAUUUUCCAACUUAUUUCAGGGUCCAAAAAAAGUGGAGCUAAGAUAUUGAACUGCAUGGUAAGGAAGCACAACAAGGCUACUCUUUAUAAAUCAUUUUCUUUCUUCCCCGAACUCCGAUUGUUAAGAAAAAAAUAUUUAUUGUUAUAGACAAAACUUGAGAGGUAAAAACUUAUACCAUAGUUAAAUCUAAAAUUAAGGAAUUUCAUGGGACCAAAUUAAUUCCAUUCCAGUUUUUAAGGCUUUCUUGUGUUUAUUAUUCUCAAAGGGGUUUUUUUCUAUGUUAAACAGUCGAUAUGGAGUCUUAACAUAUGCCUCCUUUUGCUUGGAAAUACACCAGAAUUUUCAAAUGCAAAAAGGAUAACAUCUAAAACUUGAUUAACUGUUAGACCUCAGCAGUGGAAUUUGUAAGUAUAAUGCACUAUGUUCAUACUCAUAUUCAUGGAACUGGAAGAUAGAAAAAGAAGUUUUUCACUUCAUUUUUGAAAUAAUUCACAUUUAGAAUAAUGAAAGUAACUGUAAAGUAAACUCAUCUUUUGUAAGGUUACAUUGAUUUUUUUUUUUUUUUUUUCAAAGAGAAUAUAUAAUUGAAAUUUUAUCAUCCAGUCCAAGGGAAAAUCUUCCAAUCUUUAGCAUGAAAAGUGAGACCCAGAAUUUAAGCAGUCCAUUUUUAAAAAUAGACUUGGUACUGUAAGAUGUUGCUAAUAUGUUCUUAUGGUAAUGGGUGCCACAAAUAGAAAAUAUCACUAGAUCAGGGACUUGAACGCACUUUUGCUUGUAUUGAAUAUAGACUAAGAGAGAGGAAAAUGUAUUUAAAAGAAAUAUGAGAAAAGAAAAUGUGAAAGUUUUACAGGUAGAGAGGUGGAAUGUAAUGUUUUAAUGUUGAUGUCAUGGAGUGACACAAUGGCUUUGCUGGCACUCAAAGCUCUUCACUUAGCUGUUUCUGAGACUUUAAAGAGUUAUAAGGUAUGACUGUAAAACUAAUUUUCUUAACAUACACACUAAACGAGUGUUAGUUACAUCCUCAAAAUAGUGAAGUUAAGGCUUCACACUAAUUCUAGUGACAUAGCUUUUAUUCAGAACAAUUUUAGAGUUUUCAAAUUCAUAUUUAAAUCUCCACUUUUUAAAUAUACUUAAUGAUUAUCAAUUUUUCCUUUUAGAAUAUAGUUGAUUUGAGGAGGAAAAUUAAUUCUUCAUAAUAACAGUCAUUGAAGGGGGACAGUUUUUGCCCAUUUAAAGUGCAGAAGUGAAACAUACAAAAAAUAAGGCUGAUCUUUUUAACUUGGAAAGAAAUUCCCAAGAAAUGAAUUUCAGUAGCAUUACUGGCUUAAGAGUCUAACAAAGGAAAAACUGAAUCUGAUAAGUAGAAGUCUAGUAUUUAUAUUUUGAAAUACUGUAAUAUAGUUACACUUUAAAACAUUGUUAUCAGGUUCCCAUAUUUUCAGCAUAUAAUUUUUAACAUCACUUAAUGUGAUUAAUCAUUAAAAUUCUGUGCCAUGGUUUAUAUGUUCAAAUUCAAACCAUUUUAAAAUGUGACAAAUGAAUUUCAUGCAAGUUGGCAAUAGUUCUGGUACUAAAAAUUAUGGUUGUGUCUUCUGUUUACAUAACCUGUUCAGUAUUGAAUCCCUGUGUCGAAAGGGUAUUCCUAUGAAGAGAGCCCUCAUUAUUGCCCUUAACACCUACAACCUGUGACUAGUUUUUUAAAGGGCUUUAUGUGAACCGUGAUGUAAUUUUUCUAAGCGUUUUAAAAAGGGUAACAAAAUUAUGUACUGAUUCUGAUCAGAAAAUUAAGCCAGGAAGUUGAUGGUGUUGAUUAGAUUUUAACUAAAAGGAACAGUUCCUGAUAAUAACAAUUAUAUAGUAAGGAUAAAACACUAACUUAAUGUGUAUUCAGUUUAAAUUGUUAUGUAUUUUUAAAUUGCCAAGAAAAACAGUUUUGUAUAUUUGAAGAUUUUUUUCCAACAGCUUUCAUCUUUAAUGUCUUAAUAUAACCCUUACCAAAAAAGGAGUUGGCAAAAACAGCCUUCUAGCACAAACACUUUUUUUAAUGAAUAGUAGCCUAAAACUUAAUAUUUUUAUAAAGUAUUGUAAUAUUGUUUUGUGGAUAAAUGAAAUAAAAAUUCUUGUUGAAUGCA